AUGUGGGAUAAGGACAUCCACAAGGAGGUUGUGCGAAAGGCUCCUUAUUCGGGCAAGACGCCCAAACAAGGGGACGAAGUAAGAAUCCACUACACGGGUUCACGAGCCCCCGAUGGAGCCACGUUCGCCUCCUCCCACCAGAGCGCCGACGGGAAGCCCUACGCGUUCAAGCUGGGCGUGGGGGCCGUGAUGGAGGCCUGGGACCGGGUCGUGGCCACCAUGAAGAGGGGCGAGUUGUCGAGAUUUACUGUGCCAGAGAUGUAUCUGCACGGCGGCCCUCCGGAGUUGCUCGACAGGGUCCCAGACGACUGCGACUCAGUCGUCUACGAGAUCGAGCUUGUGGGAGUUACAAGUAUCACCGAUGUGUUCGGCGAUGGCGGUGUCAUUCAAACUGUUGUGGACGACGGCGAGGAGUACGCCAGGCCGCCCAAGGCUGGCAGCGAGGUGCAGGUCGGCUACGAGCUGGCGAGCUGCGAGGGCCAGGUGCUGGACAGGAAACCGGCGAUGGACUUCAAGACCGGCGGCCCAUACCCGGAGGGCGUGCUGCCCGGCCGGGUCCUCGACAAGGCCCUGCUCAGUAUGAAGCGCGGGGAGGUUGUCACCCUCCGAUGCCGCCCGCAGUACGCCUUCGGUGACGCCGGCAGCCCUGCGCUGGGCGUGCCCGCCGGGGCGGAGGUCGUGGCGAGGCUUGAACUGAAGGAGAUCUACGAGGUGGAGGACGUGGGGAGGAAGGCCUCCUGGGACACAGGCCGCGGCCGGGGCAUCGCUGUCCUGAGAUAG